CAAAGUAAAGGUACUUUUACUUAAUUACAAUUUUUCAGUACUUUUUCCACCUUGUGAAAGACUCAUCUGGCUGCUCUCCACCAGAAACACGUUUAUUCUGAGAAGAACACACCAAGAACACAAGUAAUGCCUUGCCAGAGAAUAUUUUAUGAAUUAAGUCAUAAAAAGCAACAGAGUAAAAUCAUAAGUGUAAAAUAAAUGUCUGAUAAUUUUAUACUGAAAUAUGUACCUAUAUCCUAACACAGAACAAUAUCAAAUAUUUCAGCAGACAUGAUUUUUUAUUAUUUUGAACUCCAGUUAUACGCCUUUUAAACAUGCUCUACCUGUAUCUCCAGGAUCAUCUUGACAACCAAUAAGCUUACAGUAUCAGUAAUGCUAGUAGUUAUCGUAAGCCUCGAGAUUUUAUUCACUGUUUAUUUGCCAUUUAUAUACUGUUAAUUUAUGCACAGUUUAGGUCACUGCUUACCACAUGUACAUACUGGGGAAACAUUUCCCUCUAAUCUUUUAUAUUUCUUUAUAUUUAUAUUUUUCUUGUAUUUUUCAUGAAAAAGCCUGGCUUGCAUUCUUCACCUUCAUCCUUGAGGUCAGGUACUUUGUGCAGCUUUUGAAAAGCAGAAAUCCACAUAAUUUUCCUCCAGGACCGUGGGGUUUGCCUUUUCUGGGAAACAUUUCAGUUGGUUUGGACCAGCAUGCUAUUGAGAAGCUGUCUGUGAAAUACGGUGAUAUUUUCAGCUUCAGAGUUGCUACUCAGAAGAUAGUUGUGGUGUCAGGAUAUAAACUGGUGGAAGAAGUUCUGCUCACUCAGGGACACAACUUUCUGGACCGCCCUGUGUCUCCACUGUUUAAUGAAGUGUACCAGGGGAAUGGCAUAUGUAAAAGCAGUGGAUACAGGUGGAGGAGGCAGAGGCAGUUUUUUGAUUCUCAGCUGAAGAAAUCCGGAGAAGCCAAAAGAAAGCAGGAGUUGAUUAUUCAGCAAGAAUGCGUCUUUUUGUGUGAGGCUAUCCAAAAGAACAAAGGAUGUCCCUUCAAUCCACAUCCCAUUAUCAACAGUGCGGUAGCUAAUGUUAUUGCCUCUUUGGUGUUUGGAAAGCGCUUUGACUAUGAGGACACUGAUUUCCUGAACCUCCUGAACCUCAGUGCAGAGUCGUCCCUCCUGGCAGGUUCACCACUUGUCCAGGUCUAUGGUGAAUUCCCUUCACUUAUGAAGCGUUUUCAAGGACCACAUACCAAGAUUUGGGCCAACUACGCCACAAUGGUGGGAUUUCUGAAGAAGCAGAUUGAGAUGCACAAGAAGGAUUGGGAUCCAUUUGUCCACCGUGACUUCUCUGAUGUUUAUAUUGGGGAAAUAGACAAGCGAAGGAGAGAUACGGAUGCUGCCUUCAGUGUGGACAAUUUGGCUCACUGUGUUCUGGACCUAAUUGAAGCUGGGACAGGACCCAUGACCAGUACCUUGUGCUGGGGUCUUCUCCUCAUGGCCAAACAUCCUGAAGUCCAGAAGGGGGUCCAGGCUGAGAUUGACUGUGUGAUCGGACAAUCCAGACGGCCAUGUCUGCUGGAUAGAGCCAGCAUGCCGUACACUGAGGCAGUAUUACAUGAAAUCCAGAGAGUGGGCAACAUCCUGCCUCUGGGAAUACCUCACAGUGCUGGAAGAGACACCACAGUGUGCAACUACUUCAUUCCUAAGGGCACUGUGGUAGUCACCAACCUGGCAUCUGUGCUGAAUGAUAAAACACAAUGGGAAAGACCACAGCAGUUUUAUCCCGAGCACUUUCUUGAUGACCAGGGCAAGUUUCGGAACAGGGAGGCAUUUCUUCCUUAUUCAGCAGGAAAGAGAGCGUGCCUUGGAGAGAAUCUCGCACGCAUGGAGAUCUUCCUCUUCUUCACCUCUGUCCUUCAGCGCUUUACAAUCUCCGCUCCACAAGGUGUGAAGCUGAGCAUGGAGGCCCAUGGAGCUUCAUUACUGUCUCCUAAACCUUUCCACAUCUGUGUGUCCUCACGCUGAACUGUUUUUUUUAUUUUGCAUACAUUACUUGACAUUAGUAAAUCCUGUUUUUAACAUUAUUGUGAGUUUACAAUGUUCACUGUCUGAAGAGGUUUAAAUAAGACAGCCUAAUAAAUGUUUGGGGGGUAUCCUAACAUUUUAUGUCCUUAUUUAAUUAAAUGUUGUUUAAAUGAAGAUUCAAUUUUCACAUGUUUA